GUAGGUGGCGGGAAUGCACCAUGUAAGUUGGUCUGCCAACUGCCAUUAAACCCACAAGAAGAAGAGUGCAGAGCUUUGCUGUUUGCUGUUUAAUUUCACUUAUGUUACGGGUGUUGUGCGUCUAUUCAAAUUCAGCCAUAAACACUGGAAUAUUCCCAUCAGACUCCACUGAAGAGUUUAUUGAAGGACAGCGAGAACAUGAGUGAUCCAGAACCCUGCAAAAUCAAAAAUGAAGACUCUGAACAACAAAUAGACCUAAUUGAAGAGAAUGAGGGGAGUAAAGUAGAGGAACAUCAUGUCAAAAUUGAGGAAAAAACUCAAUUACAGAGUGAUGGUAUUUUGAAAAGGAGAGUCAAGAAUCGUUUCACCUGCACUCAGUGUGGAAAGAGUUUUGGAAGAAAAGGCUAUCUUAAGAUUCACAUGAUGAUCCACACUGGAGAAAAACCAUUCACAUGCACUCAGUGUGGGAAGAGUUUUAACCAAUCAUCAAACCUCAAUCUACACAUGAGGAUCCACACUGGAGAGAAACCAUUCACAUGCACUCAGUGUGGGAAGAGUUUUAACAGCUCAUCACACCUUAUUCAACACAUGAGGAUCCACACUGGAGACAAACCAUUCACAUGCACUCAGUGUGGGAAGAGUUUUAACUGCUCAUCACACCUUAUUCAACACAUGAGGAUUCACACUAGAGAGAAACCAUUCACAUGCACUCAUUGUGGGAAGAGUUUCAACCAAUCAUCAAACUUAAGUCUACACAUGAGGAUCCACACUCGAGAGAAACCAUACACUUGCACUCAGUGUGGGAAAAGUUUCACCCAAUCAUCAAACUUUAAUCUACACAUGAGGAUCCACACUGGAGAGAAACCAUUCACAUGCACUCAGUGUGGGAAGAGUUUCAGCCAAUCAUCAUCCCUUAAUCUACACUUGAUGAGCCACACAGGAGAAAAACCAUUCACAUGCACUCAGUGUGGGAAGUGUUUCAUCCGCUCAUCACACCUUAAUCUACACAUGAGGAUCCACACUGGAGAGAAACCAUUCACAUGCACUCAGUGUGGGAAGAGUUUCAGCCAAUUAUCAAACCUUAAUCUACACACACGGAUCCACACUGGAGAAAAACCAUUCACAUGCACUCAGUGUGGGAAGAGUUUCAGCCAAUUAUCAUCUCUUAAUCAACACAUGAGGAUCCACACUGGAGAGAAACCAUUCACGUGCACUCAGUGUGGAAAGAGUUUCAUCCGCUCAUCAUCCCUUAAUCUACACAUGAGGAUCCACACCGGAGAGAAACCAUUCACUUGCACUUAAGCUGCGGUCACACUGGACUUUUCUCCCCAUUCAGACUCCCAUUCAUACGCACGCGAAUGCGUCAGACUGGAAACGCAAGUUCGUGUGUCAAGUUUUGCAGUUCUCUGCCUUGCAAAGUUCAAGCUUGAUGAACUCUGACCUACGAAAUCGCAAAUUAAUCGUAAAAAGAUCUCGAUUCGACCCCUAGACGAUCUUAAUUCAGCAUUUCUACAAUUCUGUCAAUCAUAUUUUCAAGUUCAGGAGAGAAGCAAAGAUGGCCGUACAAGUCUUCACAUUGUUUUACAUACUUUGUUCAGCAACGUGGACACCUCCAAAUGGUGUUGGAAGAGUCACAUGCUGUAUUUAUAAGGUAUAAUUCACCCCAUAUAUGUAAUUUCUGUCUUCAUGUAAUGAUGUAUUUGCUACCGCAAAAUCACACAUGAUGCGAGCUGACUGUCAGCUGUUACCACAUUGGAGCGGGCGCAUGCCUGUGAAUUAAGUCUACUUUAGUGAACAGAACUUGCAUAGGCUGUGAAUAACAGGUAAUAACGUUGUAAAUAACAUUCA